AUGGCUAAUGCAGCAUCAGGGAUGGCAGUGCACGACGAGUGCAAGCUAAAGUUCAUGGAGCUGAAGGCCAAGCGGGCCCACCGCUUCAUAGUGUUCAAGAUUGAGGAGAAGCAGAAACAGGUCAUCGUCGAGAAGCUCGGUGAACCAACUGAGACUUACGAGGACUUCACUGCAAGCCUACCUGCCGAGGAGUGCCGGUACGCAGUUUUCGAUUUCGACUUUGUCACCAAGGAGAAUGUCCAAAAGAGCAGGAUUUUCUUCAUCGCCUGGUCCCCUGACACAGCCAAAGUGAGGAGCAAGAUGAUUUACGCCAGCUCAAAGGACAGGUUCAAGAGGGAAUUGGAUGGGAUUCAGGUUGAGUUACAGGCGACCGACCCAACCGAGAUGGGCCUUGAUGUCUUCAAAAGCCGUGCCAAUUAA